GCACCUCUUAAAAUAACCGCUGAUUUUGGCUCCGCUAUGGUUAACUUUAUUAAGCAUAACGAUUACGGCAACGUUAAAAAGAAGAGUUUUUGCAGCCUGUCAAAUAGGUUUUUCGUGUCAUGUUAUUUAAACAUAACCUCACUUCACAACGUUAUUUUAAUUUUCGAAUAUCAAAAUAGAAAUUUUAGUACAAUCAGGGUACAAUGGAAGAUGCAUUAGAUAACGUUAUCAGGAGGGGUCGAGGGCGAAAUGGUAUUGACCACAAUUUAGUAAGGGGAAUAAUUUUAAAUGAUAUAUUUGUAAAUCCAGUAGUAAAUCCCAUUCAAGAUCCAGUUUUACAGUUUGAUUUAGACAAUAUGGAAGACAAAUAUGUAAAGCUCAACUUCAGGUUUCAAAGAGAAGAUCUUAUAAGAUUGGCAGUGGCAUUGGGAAUUCCUGAACAAAUAAAGACAAGGUCUAGACAUUCAUCUGGAGGACUCGAAGGACUAUGUAUUUUACUAAGAAGAUUAGCAUAUCCAAGUAGGCUUUGCGAUUUGGAACAACUUUUCCGAAGGUCCGCUACAUCAAUAUCUGAAAUUAGUAAUUAUGUUAAUAACCAUAUUUACAGGAAUCAUGGUUAUCUGUUAAGAGAUUUGGGAAACUUGCCAUGGUUAAACAGGGAAAAACUAAGUGCCUAUUCUAAUUCAAUUGCAGCAAAGGGAGCUGCAGUACAAAAUUGUUGGGGAUUUAUUGAUGGCACAGCUAGGCCAAUAUGUAGGCCAACAGAGUUACAAGAAGAAUACUAUUCUGGACACAAACGAGUCCAUUGCUUAAAAUAUCAGUCUCUUAUUUGUCCUGAUGGAAUUAUUGUAAGUCUUCUGGGGGCAUAUUCAGGGCGUAGGCAUGAUGCAUUUAUUUUUGGACAAAGUGGGUUGUACACUCAGUUGGAACGAAAAUGUACAUUUCCAGAUUGUAUAUAUGUCAUUUAUGGAGAUCAAGCAUAUGGAAUCCGAGAGCUACUCUUGUGCCCUUACCCUGGCCGAGGAAUCACUGAGCAACAACAGAACUUUAAUUUAAGUAUGAGUGUAACUCGACAAGCAGUUGAAUGGGGAUUCCAGAAAAUUAUUUCUCAGUUUGCAUUUUUAGAUUUCAAGAAAAAUCAAAAACUAUUAUUGCAGGAAGUUGAGUUAAUGUUUAAAACAGCUGUUCUUUUAUGUAACUGUCAUACAAUUUUAUAUGGAAGUGAAACAGCACAAUUUUUUAAUAUUGAACCAGUAUCAUUAGAGGAUUAUUUAAACCUAUAAUAUGUUAGUUUUAAUAAAUGUUUAUUUACAUGGACUUGUGUAUUAUUUAUUUUAUCUAUUUAACACUAACAAAAACAAAGUAAAGUCUUAGGAACUAGAACUUUUGAUUAACAAAAAAAAACAUUGUAUCAUAAGAUGGUAUUUAAAUUAA